UGCACAGCACACUGGUCACUGGAUUACUGCGGCACAGUCCGGGAGAGAGCCAGCACUGGGAAUACCCUGUGUGGAAAGGGAUCCUGGGGUCGGAAUUGGAGUCCUGCCUGAACCUUCAGCUCUGGGACAGCCAAGGAGAAACAGAGGGGGAAGAAGUGCUCUAUCCAAGGGUCUGUUUCAAAAGAUCAUGCCCCCUAGAUAGCAGGCCUGGCAGAGAGGAUGCCCCCCCGGAAGCGGACGCGCCCCGUUCUGGGGCUCCUGUGCUGUUUCGGCAGCAGCGAGCCCCCAGAGAUCAACCUGAAGGACAGCGUGCCCCUGCAGCUCCUGGAGUUCACCGUCCCCAUGCCCCCUGCCGACGAGCUGCACGCCCGCUUCUCAGAGCUGGUGGAUGAGCUGGACCUCACAGAUAAGAACAGAGAGGCCAUGUUUGCUCUGCCAGCCGAGAAAAAAUGGCAGAUCUACUGCAGCAAAAAGAAGGAGCAGGAGGAUCCCAACAAGCUGGCCACCAGCUGGCCGGAUUACUACAUCGACCGCAUCAACUCCAUGGCUGCUAUGCAGACCCUGUUUGCCUUCGACGAGGAGGAGAUGGAGAUGAGAAACAAAGUGGUGGAGGACCUGAAGACAGCCCUGCGGACUCAGCCAAUGAGGUUUGUGACGCGCUUCAUCGAGCUGGACGGGCUGACCUGCCUGCUGAACUUCCUGAAGAGCAUGGACUACGAGACCUCCGAGAGCCGCAUCCACACCUCCAUCAUCGGCUGCAUCAAGGCCCUGAUGAACAACUCGCAAGGCCGGGCCCACGUGCUGGCCCACCCCCAGAGCAUCAGCAUCAUCUCCCAGAGCCUGCGGCUGGACAACAUCAAGACCAAGGUGGCGGUGCUGGAGAUCUUGGGCGCCGUGUGCCUGGUGCCGGGGGGACACAAGAAGGUGCUGCAAGCCAUGAUCCAUUACCAGAAGUACGCCGCUGAGAGGACACGCUUCCAGACGCUACUAAAUGAGCUGGACAGGAGCACAGGGCGUUACAGGGACGAGGUCAAUCUGAAAACAGCCAUCAUGUCCUUCAUCAAUGCUGUGCUGAAUGCUGGGGCUGGGGAGGAUAAUCUGGAGUUCCGCCUCCAUCUCAGGUACGAGUUCCUGAUGUUAGGAAUUCAGCCAGUGAUUGACAAGCUGAGGGAACAUGAGAAUGCCACCCUGGACAGGCACUUAGACUUCUUUGAAAUGGUGCGGAAUGAGGAUGACUUGGAACUUGCCAAGCGCUUUGAUUCGGAGCACAUCGACACCAAGAGCGCCAGCCAGAUGUUUGAGGUGAUAAAGAAGAAGCUGUCUCACACGGACGCCUACCCCUACCUGCUGUCCAUACUGCAGCACUGCCUGCAGAUGCCAUACAAGCGGGGCGCUGGCAGCCUGCAGCACUGGCAGCUCCUGGACCGCCUCCUGCAGCAGAUCGUCCUGCAGGACGACAAGGGCGACGACCCAGACAUGGCCCCCCUGGACAACUUCAGCGUCAAGAGCAUUAUCCGCAUGCUAGUGAAUGAAAAUGAAGUCAAGCAGUGGAGAGACCAGGCAGAGAAAUUCAGGAAAGAGCAUGCAGAACUCCUGGGCCGGCUGGAGAGGAAAGAGCGGGAGUGUGAAACCAAGACGCAGGAGAAGGAGGACAUGAUGCGGACACUGAACAAGAUGAAGGACAAGCUGCAGAGGGAGGGCGUGGAGCUGCGGGCCACCAGGGAGCAGAUGCUGGACCUGACCUCCCGCAUCAACCACCUGUCGCAGGGCGGCAGUAUUCCUUUUCCUCCUCCUCCUCCCCCUGGCGACCCCUUGGCUCCUCCUCCCCCUCCCCUGAUGGGCGACUUCCCGCCUCCCCCGCCUCCCCUGCCUUUCUCCUGCCCGCCCCCGCCUCCUCCUCCCCCCCCGCCUCCAGGGGGCCCUCCCCCUCCUCCGGGAGCUCCUCCCUUCUUCUGCUCCGGGGUCCCGCUGCCCCCCGGCUUCCCAGUACUACCUGCCCCCCCAGCGCUGGGCACGACCACCAGCAUCCUUCACAACAAGAACAUCCCCCAGCCCUCACACCCCCUCAAGUCCUUCAACUGGUCCAAGCUGAGCGAGAACAAGAUCAGCGGUACUAUCUGGCACAGGAUUGACGACAUGCGAGCCUUCAAGGUCCUGGAUCUCAAGGACAUUGAGAAAAUGUUCUCAGCCUACCAGAGACAGCAGGACGUGGUCACUAACCCCUCCUUCAAGCAGAAGGAAUCAGGCUCCAUGGAUGACCUGUAUCUGACCACCCGUAAGGUGAAGGAGCUGUCCGUCAUCGAUGGCCGGCGAGCCCAGAACUGCGUCAUCCUGCUGUCCAAACUGAAGAUGACCAAUGAUGAGAUCAAACGAGCGAUCUUGGAAAUGGAUGAGCAGGAGGAGCUGGCCAAGGAUAUGCUGGAACAGCUGUUGAAGUUCAUCCCUGAAAAGAGUGACAUCGACCUGCUGGAGGAGCACAAGCACGAGAUCGAGCGUAUGGCCCGCGCUGACCGCUUCCUGUACGAGAUGAGCAGGAUUGACCAUUACCAGCAGAGACUACAAGCCCUCUUCUUUAAGAAGAAGUUCGCUGAGCGCCUGGCAGAAGCCAAGCCCAAAGUGGAAGCGAUCCUGUCAGCCUCCCGGGAGGUCAUGCACAGUAAGAGACUGACGCAGGUGCUGGAAGUGGUGCUGGCCUUUGGGAACUUCAUGAAUAAGGGCCAGAGGGGGAAUGCCUACGGCUUCAAGAUCUCCAGCCUCAACAAGAUUGCUGACACCAAGUCGAGCAUAGACAGGAAUAUCACCAUGUUGCACUACCUGAUUAUGAUCUUUGAGAAGAACUACCCUGAUAUCCUCCACAUCCCCGAGGACCUGAAUAGCAUCCCAGAGGCAGCCAAAGUCAACCUGGCUGAGCUGGAGAAGGAAGUGUACAGCAUCAAGAGUGGUCUGAAAGCUCUGGAGGCUGAACUGCAUUAUCAGCAAAGCAGAAUCCAGGAACUUGGGGACAAGUUUGUGCUGGUGGUCAGCGACUUCAUCACAGUGGCCAGCUUCAGCUUCUCCGAGCUCGAGGAACAGCUGAGUGAAGCCAAGGACAAGUUCUCCAAGGCACUGAAGCACUUUGGCGAAGAUGAGGGCCGCCUGCAGCCCGACGAGUUCUUUGGGAUGUUCGACACCUUCCUGCAGUCAUUCAGCGAGGCCAGGCAGGACCUGGAGAACAUGCAGCGCAGGAAAGAGGAAGAGGAGAGGAGAGCGCGCAUGGAGGCCAUGCUGAAGGAGCAGCGGGAGAGGGAGCGGCGGGCGAAGAAGAGCCAGGCAGGCAGCGUGUCGGAGGAGGUGGGGGAGUUCGACGACCUGGUGUCGGCCCUGCGCUCGGGGGAGGUGUUCGACAAGGAUCUGUCCAAGCUGAAGCGCAACCGCAAGCGCUCAGGCAGCCAGCUGCUGGAGAGCUGCGGCCGCGAGAGGCCCGUUACCAGGGUCAACUAUUGACACUAGGGGCCGUCAGACUGCGCAGGGGCAGGGGCAGGGGCAGGGGGGGCCCCUCCCACCCCCACAAUAGACCCGUAUCCUCCAGGCACCAGGGCAGCCUGACACCCAUCUCCAAUCCCUGCGUACACCCCUCUCACCUCUGCAGCUCGGACAGCCAGAGGGCCGUGACUGUCCCACAGGAAGUGCCAGAAACAGAGCUCAUGCCCAUCUCAAGAGCAUCACCUGCUCGGGGACUCUCGCUUCCCGAAGCCCCGGCUGUCCUCAGACUCUUCCUUCCUUCCUUCCUGUCACAAUUCGGCCUGAAGGGAGGGACCACCUGUUCUUUCCAGCUCGUACAGUGGACAUUGAGAACAGUGACCCCCGCCCCUUGCCCCCUGCCCGCCCCCGUUUCCUCCUCAGAGAGUGUUCUCUUCAGCACGGCCUACAUCAACAAAAGCAGACAGUACCCAGUGGCCUCCUCCCCCUUCACCGUGUUGGGACGCCAGCCCGGAAACUGUCCACAACAUGUCUUCUCCCCAUUUCAGUUUGUGUCUCAUUUCCCCUUGUCUCACAUGCCUGACUGAACAGCGUGACCAAGGACUUCUCGAAGGUGGCAUUCUUCUCUAGAGUCCAGGGCCGCCAGCUAAGGUUAACUGUCUUUUCUGACAGCUGUGCCAAGGCAUGACCAGAGUGCACUUUCGGAAGAAGCAGCAGCCAACAGAGUUUCCUUUUCAUAUGGCAUUUGUAUCUCCAGCUAUGGACCCAGCAGUGCUUGAAAGCCUAAAGCCCGGCACACACCUCCAAGUGGGAAAGCUGUGGGCUUUCUGUGCAACAAAGCAGCUGCACAGAAGUUACCCCGGUAGGGAACUGGAGCUCGAGCCUGAUUUCGUACUAUGCUUUUCAAGUGCCUUGUCUUCCACCCAGCCCUCUUGAGGAGGAGCUGGUUGGGAAUUUCUUAAGGAGACCAACACAGUUGGGAAUGAAAGGUCUCAGUGUUAUGAUGGAAAAAGGGGGUCAUUUGUUUUUUUUUUAUUUUAAGAAAUGAGAACUGUAAAAAAAAAGAAGAAGCAGUAAAAAAAAAAAAACACAGCCAUUUAUUACUGGUUUGCCAGUGCCAAAGCUUCACACAAGAAGAUAAAUAGAAAAGAUGGCAUUUAUAUAUUUAUAUAUAGAAACGGACAUGCUUACCUUGGAAAAUUAUGUUUUGGUUAUUUUUAUAAUGUUGUUUUUUUAGCCUUGUUUUAAGAUGUAUGUAUGUGUUUUAGUCACCUUUUAGCAUUGCUAUUUCUGUGCUGUCAAUGUGUAUUCAUGAAAGAGACCCCUCUCUCUGGGAAAGAUCACACUUUAAGACCUUGUUUGCACUGUUAUCCUAAUGCGAAACCUUUCUGCCCUGCAUCCUUUCUGCAAGGAGGAUGUUUUUAUAAUCAUCCAAGAGCCACAAAUAAUUACCACCAACGUCUGAGGCACUGCCACAGCCAGUCAGUUAUAGUUACACUGCACGUGUACCAUCAGCACGGCCAGUGUUCGUUCUCAUGAACCCCAGCCUUCCAUCAGAGUUUGAGAAAACAGCACAUUCAAUUCAAACUAUUAAACCGGACCAUUCUGAUUUACAUUAACUGGAUCAGUGUUAUUUAGAAUGCAUGAUCCCAUUAGCAUUUAGAAUGAGAUCCCAUCUCAGUAUAAGCUGAUAUUAACCAGUGUUCUUUCUGCUCACUUUAUCUAAUGAUCAGAGCUUAAAGGCUCUACUGUGGCUAAAGAUGAUUAUAGAUUAGUUUUAUUCCUCUUUGUCAAGAUUGGCCAACGUCCAGCCAACAGCAUCUAAUAAUGUGGUUAAGAAGGUCUGUGAGAUCUGACUCCUCUUCCAGGGCAAGUGUGAUUGCUAUGAUUGCAAACAGAGCUUCCCUGUGAUAAAUGGUUGAAAAGACACAGAUUGGAGUACAGAGCAGAUCCCUAACUGCAGUUUUGUAUUGAAUGCAAUAUUGUAUGUCACCCUUCAACAAGAACUUGCUUUCUUCACGGCUGAUCAAAAAGAGAGCACAGGGAAUAAGGAACGAGGAAGGGAGAGCAAUGCAAUACCUGUGAACACCUCGAGGAAUGGAGUUCAUGAAACAAAAGGCCCUCCUGUCAGCUACUGGCCAGCCCGAGAACUCCAGGGAAUCGCAAAGACCUUUCAUUUUUUUCCCUGUUUUUAAAAAAUAUCCACCUAACCAGGACAAAGGUUGCAUGAACAUUGCCAUUCGACUUGCUUUGGAUCACAUCUGAUCCUCUUAGGGAUAGGAGAGAGCUGGGUGAGGUGGAUGCCACUCUGGGCUGUAUGGUGCCAAUCUGCAGUGGGCCACCAGUGUUCCAGCUUUUGCUGGGACUCAGUAUCUUCAGCACUCUUGGUGGGGGUGUGGGGAUUGCUGUAUUCCGGAGAUUAAGGUUGGAAAAGUAAUUCCCAAACAAUCACUAAACAUCUGUGAGAAAACUGGAGCAGAGAAAGCCUUUCAGGCAGAGAGAACCAAACCACAGAGAAACACUCCCACUUAUAGCUUGGAACCAGGACAGUACAAACAAGAUCAAAAAAUAUACGUUGUGUGCUGAGCUAAACCUCAAAGGAUACAAGUCACUCUGAAGAAGUGAUGAAUUGCGAGUAUUAGAUCUCAGUUUCUUCUGAAAGUAUUAUUUCAGUUUUAACAUGAGAGAGAGAAUGGAUCUCUCAGCAGUGAGUAAACUGUAUACUUUGGAACAAGUAAUAGGUU